AUGAUUAUCUGCUCGGCAACGGACGGGCCAACUAAAGACGAAGAUUCGAAAAUAUCUCCUCAUUCAAAAAAUAUUUUUGUUGCAUUUAAAUUAAAUGAGAAAAAUAUUAGUCGUUUAGUGCAAGAUUAUCUAUUAAAGUCAAUUCAUUAUGCAGUUGCUAAUUUAACGAAAUAUGAAACAAUCACUAUUUCACCUGUUGGCUGUAAUGAUACAAAAACUGAUAAAAUUGCACUUGAAUCAAUGAUAGAUGAAGCUGAAUUGCAACUGGAACGACCACAUUACAAUUAUUAUUAUUAA